GUGAGCCGGGGCUCGGCGCGAGAGAGGGACGACGGAAGAGACCGGCAGGUGUGGGCGCGGGGCUGAGCAGCCCGACGGCGGGAGUCGCAGUCGCUCGGUGCAUGGGCCAGUGAGGACGCGCGGAGAUCCCCUCGCCGCGGCGGAGGCGGAGCAGCGCCAAAGCAAGGCGCUGCCCGGCGACCCUGCGUCCGAGUGAGCGGAACCUUGCGCUUCGGCAGGGGACGGUCCGAAGUCCGCGCUAUGGAAGAGGAGAAAUAUUUGCCUGAGCUGAUGGCAGAGAAAGAUAGCCUGGAUCCAUCUUUUGUGCAUGCAUCGCGCCUUUUGGCGGAAGAAAUUGAAAAAUUUCAAGGUUCUGAUGGAAAAAAGGAAGAUGAAGAAAAGAAAUAUCUUGAUGUCAUCAGCAACAAAAACAUAAAGCUCUCAGAAAGAGUAUUGAUUCCUGUCAAGCAAUAUCCAAAGUUCAAUUUUGUGGGGAAAUUGCUCGGACCAAGAGGAAACUCCUUGAAGAGACUACAGGAAGAAACAGGUGCUAAAAUGUCUAUCCUGGGCAAAGGAUCAAUGAGAGAUAAAGCAAAGGAAGAAGAAUUAAGGAAGAGUGGGGAAGCCAAAUAUGCCCACUUGAGUGAUGAACUUCAUGUAUUAAUUGAAGUGUUUGCUCCACCUGGGGAAGCUUAUUCACGAAUGAGUCAUGCAUUGGAAGAGAUUAAAAAAUUCCUGGUUCCCGACUACAAUGAUGAGAUUCGUCAGGAACAGCUACGUGAAUUAUCUUACUUAAAUGGCUCAGAGGACUCUGGUCGUGGCAGAGGCAUUAGAGGCAGAGGGAUCAGAAUAGCUCCCACAACCCCUUCAAGGGGCCGUGGGGGUGCCAUUCCUCCCCCACCACUACCUGGACGAGGUGUACUCACCCCUCGAGGGACUACUGUGACUCGUGGAGCUCUUCCAGUGCCCCCUGUAGCAAGAGGUGUUCCAACCCCACGAGCCCGGGGGGCACCGACAGUGCCAGGAUAUAGGGCACCCCCUCCUCUAGCCCAUGAAGCUUAUGAAGAAUAUGGGUAUGAUGAUGGCUACGGGGGUGAAUAUGAUGACCAGACCUAUGAGACUUACGAUAACAGCUAUGCCACCCAAACGCAAAGCACCAGAAGAAUGGGCCACAACCCGCUCCAGCCUGAAGGCACCACCACCAAGGGAUAACUGCUCAUGAUUUCUCCCAUAUAUUUCUUGUAUUUCCCCCUAUACUGUUGGUGUGACAUUGACACUAGUAUUAUUUUACAAAAUGGACUAAAAAAGACAUUGGCAAGCAUUGUCUAUAAACCAUUCAGUAGGAUGAUAUUCUCUUGGUUGUUUUUCAUUGUUGUGUGUAAACUUUUUUUUUACUUUUUUCUUUUUUCUUUUUCUUUUCUUUUCUUUUUUUUUUUUAAAGAAAGAGCAUGAAUCUGUUAACAGAUUUUGAGUCUCAAUCAUCUAGCAGAAACUUUGUUUAGGGUUGCUAAAAGACUGUAAUAUGAUUUUUGAACUAGCUGAUAAUAAAGUUGUAGAUAAGAUGUUUUAACCUGUCUUUUAAUAUCUGUUAGUUAGAUGAAGAUGUUCGAUAUUAAGUUUGUAAAUUUAAUUUUAAAUGCUGUUUUAAUGGAGUUGAAAACAAGCAGCUACUGUAUGUAUGUAGCUAACUGAAUUUGUUCAGUGUUUUAACCUGUAUUUGUUAAAAAAGAAAAAAAAACACACAUAAAGUUCCAUGUGUAAGCUACUCUAAAUAGGAAACCACAAUUUGUCAAAUAUGUUUGCCAUAAUUUGUCAAUAAAGCUGAAAACUUUUGUAAAAACUAAAUUUGGAAUUACUUGUUUUCUAGCUUUAAAUGCCUGCUUUAUUUCUUCUUCAAGAGAUGCCUAAAAUGUUUUCUAUUUAAAAAUUACAAAAAUGAACCCAAGCUUGUUUUAAGAUAUUUGUGUAAUACUUAAAAAAUGUAUUAAUAACUUAUGGUUGUUAAAUAAUUUAAAAGUUAACAAACUAAACUGUUACAUGAAUCAUGGUUAGUAAACACUAAUGUAUAACAUGUUAAUGGAAAAAAAUGGAUUUAGAAUAAUAAAUGGAUUUUAAACUAUC